AUGGCAACAACAAUUCCUCCAAACCUAGCGUCAUCAGCAAAUGCACCAAAUAUAGAUUUUACAUCAUCGGAUAUAUCUACUUACGAGUCAGAGUCGGAUUCAGAUUACAAUUCAACAGAAGAUGAAAUAGGUUCAGAUUCAGAAGAUUCAUAUAAACUAACAGCACAAGAACAAUGGGAUGAAAGUUUGAAGCAAAUUACACUUUUGUUGAGUCUUGUUAUUUUCCCAUUGAUAGGGAAGUUGUUGGGGAGAAGGAUGAGUAAAUUUAUUUGGAGAAGAUUUGCUAAUUGGUGGUGGGUAUGA